AGCAAACAUAUUACAAAAUAAUAAUAUGCUAAGUGUCAUAUCGGCCUAAUUACAGAAUACGGUUGAGGUACUUCAAUUAACGUUGCAUUUAACACCUGCCAUCAAGUUCAAGAAACGACUUCUCCUCUUAAUUGAGAUCUGAUGACAGUACUCCUUCAGCAAAGAAGACGGUCUUAUGCACCGUUGCAUAAGACGACCUUCUUAACAAAAAUGACUAGGGACGCUAAGUUGACUGGUAGUCACUAUAGGAAGAGUGAAGAAAUAUGAUCCUACCUAAGAACCUACUGUUGCUCCUACUGGUGAUCCUAGCCUCGACAAUGGCUGAAGAAGACCUGGAGGUGGACUCGACUGUAAGGUUUGGGUUCGCCGUAGGAGGACCAGGGUACUACGGGUUCGGAGGAGGGUACAGGUACUUUGCAACGGCAAUAGAAUUGAACCCUGAGAAACCUUUUUCCCGUAAUGUCUUCCCGAGCAGCUCUGAUGGCAAAAUCGAUGGCAUUGAUUGUCGAUCUGUCCUUUCGAGAACCGACAGGAUUAUCAGACAAUCCUCGGACUCCUUUACUGAAGUAGUUCAACCUGCCAUAAACAAUGCUCAGCAGUAA